GUUUCCCCCGCGGAGGCUGCCGCGCGCGGAAGCGGCGGUUUGCAGAGAGGUGCAUGGCGCUGAGCGGAGAUGGCGCGGCUCCGGCUGUAUCCCGGGAGCUGCUUUCCGCGGGGAGCGGAGGAGGUAAUUGGCAAGGAGUUGCCGGAGCAGGCGCUGCCGAGACAGGGGGACAACUUUCUGCGCUGCAGGAACGGGGGGAAGCGGGAAUACCCGACCCUUUCCCGCUUCCCUGCAGCGGUUAGGUGUUCUUUCCUUGGACCCAUGUUUUGCAAGUCUGCGGCCUGAACGCAUUUUAGGGAUAAGGUGAGGUGUCGUUGCAAACAAAGCGACCCACAAAAAUAACCGUAGUAUAUAAUACCUUUAGUAGGGGCGACUAAAAGAAGUGAGCAAGCUUUCAGGCUCAGCACAUGUAAUAGCAUAUUGCUGAGACCCAAAAUCUGUAUUUUGUAAUAGUAGAAUUGGGGCCUUUCCCUUCCCUUUUGCUUUUUGUUGUUGUUUGGUUUUACAUCUAGUUUGACUGAGAAUUUGCUCACUUUUCGUUGUAUUGGUCCCCAAAUGCUAGUCGUUUUGAGGAGGCUUUCUUCCAUUCCUGCUGCUACGGAUCAACAGUAUAUUGUUAAGCUAGUUGUUUGGGGAGUUGCCUCCCCCUCUCCAUUCUUCCGGAUCAACAAAGAUAACUAUCAGUGCUUGUAGCCUGUACAGAUCUAUACAGGAAGCUGUGGUCUCUCUCUCUCAUACACAAAUACACUGCACAAGCACUGCCCUUCAUGCACAUCAUGAAUUACAAGCUUGCAUUUUAUAUAUAUAUAUAUAUAUAUAUAUAUAUAUAUAUAUAUAUGUAUGUAUAUAUAUAUAUAUGUAUAUGUAUGUGUAUAUAUAUAUAUAUAUAUAUAUAUAUAUAUAUAUAUAUAUAUAUAUAUAUAUUUGUUGCUUUUCACAUUGCAGCUUCCUGUCAUGUGUAUCAUCAUGAGUAGAGUGUAUUGUAUUGGCUAAUCUGUAAUGAGUGAAAUAGAAAAGGGUGUAUUAAAAUCAAAAUUCUAGCAAUGCAUUUCUUGAUUUAGUUUAAAUGGGGCUUGAUUCGGAUAACCUGAGAUUGGGGUUCUGGGAGAGUGGAAAGGCAUAUGAAGAGGGCUUGCAUAUUUUAAAAAAUGAGAUAAGAUUGGAUAGGGUAGGUGAAUGGAAAAAUCACAUUUGUUAUGGACCAAUUGUUUUGGAAUGCCGUUUCCUCUACUGUACUGUUAUAUUUGAAUAGUGUGAAUAUUCUAUGUGAAUAGAAAAGGUUGGUGUGUGACUGCUGAACUGAUGUUGGAAUUCUGGCUUGUAGGUAUUCAUGAGACACUAUUGCUAAAUUCAAAGCAUGCUAAGAAGAAAGCCAUGAGCUUACAGACAGUCAGGCUUCCAAGGAGCAACCGUAAGUGCUCAUCAUCUUUAAAUAUAUUGUGUGAACUUCAGUAAGAUACAAACUUAAAGAAUUGUGUAGAAACAUUCCUGACCUAGAAUUAGCGUUCAAGCAUAAACAGCUUGAGAAUUUUCUGUUCCUCCCCUUAGACCUGAAAGUCCAUGCAGUGCAAUAUGACAGAAGGAGAAGAGGGAGGCAUUGAAAAGGUGUAGUGAGGGAAUACUGUAACAUUCCAAAAUACAGUGUGUCUGUUGUGUUCAUGGAUUCUGUAAAGCAUUUUUGUGUGGCCUGUAGCAUCUAGUUAUAAAUUCAAGUACUAAACUGAUACUACAGUGGUACCUCGGGAUACCUAUGCUUCAGGUUACAUACGCUUCAGGUUACAGACUCCGCUAACCCAUAAAUAGUACCUCGGGUUAAGAACUUUGCUUCAGGAUAAGAACAGAAAUCGCGUGGCGGCAGCGGUAGGCCCCAUUAGCUAAAGUGGUGCUCUGCCAUACAAAGGGUUAGUGCUUUUUUCUGGGGGGACGCAGGGGUACUCUUAAACAUUUUGUGAAUCUAAGUUUGGCCUUAUUGAGAGGCAGUAUAAUAUGAGUAGGAAAAUGAGAAUACCCCUAAACAUUUUUUAAGAAAAAAAGCACUGCAUAGGGUGCUGUUCUUACGCUGUAUUAUUUCUGUGGCAGAUGGGAAAGUGCAAUACUGUUAGUGACAGUGGAGUAGCAGCGCCCAAUACAUGCCUUAUUGCCUCUCUAGUGUUGUGCAACUUAUAAAGCGUUGUCUGUGACAAGCCUAACAGUUUUAAGACUAUUUGCAGACAGGAGGGUUGCAGUAUGCAGUAAGGGUUAAGAUACUGGACAUUACUAGGAGUAAAGCCAUCCAAUGUAUUUUAUCAAAGUCUUUCGUAGAAGUGCAUUAACAUCUUGCCUGUUUUCAUGUACUAGUUUUGGACAGGGUGCAGAACUUUCUACCACAGAUGGCCAACGCAAAUGACGAGCUAAGAAGAGAAAUGGAAAACACCCCUGUUCAAGAGUUUGAUAUUGAACAUGUGGAUGCUUCAGUUGAAAAUGUCAUUGAAAUGGUGAAUAAUUUCUCUCUCUAAAAUUAAUGCCUUGGUUUCUAGCAUCUUACUCAUAUUUACAGUGUGCAAAAAGGAUGAAUUUUCUCCUGGCUCUAUUAUUAUAUGGUUAAGGCCUGAUAAUUUGUGGUCUAAACCAAGCAUAGGCAACCUCAGCCCUCCAGAUUUUUUUGACUACAACUCCCAUCAUCCCUAGCUAACAGGACCAGUGGUGAGGGGUGAUGGGAGUUGUAGUCUCAAAACAUCUGGAGAGCCGAGGUUGCCUAUGCCUGGUCUAAACAGUGUCUCAUGCCUUUAGCUUUCUGGUUUAUAGCUGAAACAGAUUCCUAGGGUGUGGUUUAAAAAAUCAUAGGAAAUUAAGAAUAUUCUGGAGAACACCACACCAAAGUGGUCAUCCAAAUUAUCACCAUCAGUUUAUUUGUAUGAUUUGUAUAAAUCAUCAGAUUAUUUGUUAUUUCCUGCCAAGAUUGUACCCUAAAUUACCUGCAGCAUAUCAGAUGAACAGCAAUAAAUAUAACCAUUCAAAAAAGAAAAAACGCUAAUAGGAACAAUGACAAUAGCCAUAGUACAGCCUAAUGUAUUACUUAUUUAUUAUUACAUUUCUAACCCACCUUUCCUCAAUGAAGAUCAAGACAUGCUGCUCUUUAUCUUCACAUCACUCCUGUAAUGUAGGUUAGGCUGAGAGACGGUGGCUGGCCCAAGCUGACCCACUGAGCUACAUGACUGAGUGGGGAUUUGAGCCCUGGUCUCCCAGAUCCUAUUCCAAGUUUCUAACCACUGCAUCACACUGGUUCUUGUGCAUAACUGGUUCUUGUGCACCACAAAUAACAAUGAACUGGUAUUCAGAAACAGAACCUAGUUUUCUGCAUUUCUAUCCUGGCUGCUGAGGAAGUGGGUGGGUGGGGUUUUUUCCUUUUCUCUGCAGACAGUAUGGAAACAAAGGCUACUGGCCUCUUAGCAGGGUGGUAUUUUUUUCAGCCUGUUGGCUUUUGUGUGCUUAUUUACAAGGUGGAAAUUAUUGCUAGUGUCAAUAUGGAAACACAUCAUUUAAAAAAUCAGUCCAUAAACUUCAAAUUAAGCAGUAUAAAUGACUUCAAUGGCUUAAAACUAAUCAGCAGAAUGAAUAAAGCAUAACACAGAAAUUAAAAAAGCAGUGUACAAGCCUGUUCCACAAAGGCAGUAUGAUGUUCUCCCCAAUUAACCUACACACUGAUAGACCCAUUCUCAAUUUAAUUUGUCCAGUCUUUUUUUAAAAGCCAUUCGGCCGGUCAUCCCCUACAUAUUAUGACAGUGAAUUUUAUAAAAAUCAUUUUAUCGACAUGGCUAUUGAGAUGUUUGUUCUAAGGCUGUGGUGUUGGCUGUUGAAGCCAUGAUUUGCCCAGUUCUGUACGUCUUCAUUUAGAGUUUGAAUUGGCCUUCCUUUACAGCUUCAGCAGUGAUUUUUUAAAAAUAAUAUGUAUUUCUUUUUAUUGCAGAAUGUGGCUUUGGUUGAACUGAACAGCUCUGAUACAGAGGAAGAAGAUUCAGGCUCAGAAGAUGACUCCGAAAGCGAGGACAGUUCUGUUUGUGAAGAAGUGACCGUCGACAACAUUAAGUUUCCUAAACCGAAAGGAGAAGGCAGAAUAGAAAUUUUGGACCCUAGAAGUACUGAGUAGAUGUUUGCCGUCUCAGAUUUCAAUUCAUGUUACAAGCCAUGUAUCAUAACUUGAAAAAAAUUCUCUUGAAAAGCUAGUUUGCUUCCAGGUGUGCUACCUGCAGACUGCAUCUCUCAUUCCUAAGAGGCAUGGAAGAUCACUUCAGUCCAAGCCCCAAGAUGAAAAAGAUUAAUAAGGAUCGUCAGGAGCUUAAUAUGGGGGCGGGCAGGGUGGGGGGAGGAAGCACUGAAUCAGGCAGACAGAAAAUACCCGUCAGGCCAAUUGGUGCUUAAAUUGUAUUCCUAUUUAUUGAUGGAAGCAAUUAUUAGGUUAUGGUGGCUACAUGGAAACUGGCAAUGCUUCUGUCAUGUGCUGGAAGCAUGUAGAUUCUUCUAGUUAUUGGAGAGAAUUGUUUAGCUGCUACCCUGAAUACCUUUCAGAUUGGGGUGACCUGUGGUGAGUGACCCUUGCAUGUUACUUUGCAACAGCUUCAGCCUAGCAGCUGUAACCUAAGAGUUGAUCUUAGGUCUGCUAUAAGGGGGAGAGAGAAUUGCAUUGGCCUCUUAAGGGGAGGUUCCAGCUGUGGAUAGGUAGCAGCAGCAGGGCCGGUCAAAACAUUUCUUGUACAUAGAGGGGAUCAUGAGGGAAGCUGCUGAAAGUCCUGUAGCCUGUUUUUCUGAUCCCAAACAUAUAUGUGUAAAUGCUCAGAUUAAGUACAAACUAUCUGGCCUUAUACCGGAAGUUGUUUCCUCAAAAUUCUGCAGGAUGGUUGAGUGUUUGGGCAGCAGUCCUGUUACACAUUUGAAAUUGGGAUAUUUCCCAUGUUUUCAUAAAGGAGAUGUGGGUUUGUUAAAUAAAUAACUACUAUUUUCAAGGUAUUCUGUAUUUGUUUAGUUAUCAAUACACCAGCUCACAAGUUUGUACUGUUUUGAUCUUGAAAAUCAGACAUUACAUUACAAUUUUAAUGGAAGAACAGCUGUGCAACCCUGUUAGCUGAUGGCUUCCUGGACACAGAUCUUUCUCCUAGGAUGCAGUCCUUUGCACUUAUUUGAGAGUGACCUUGGAAUGAUUUGCUUUUGAAUAUUCAUGCAUAGUAUUUGAGCUGCCACUUCUUUGGCAGCAGAUAUGGAUACAAAUUAUGUAUAUCUUGCAAGUGAAGUCAUUUAGGCUGAAUAUUCUGCAGACAGUAAAUGUUCACCAAAAUAAAACUCAACUGUGCAGCUGGAAGAUCAUGUUCCAAACCCCUGCUCUAAAAGGCUUCAGGGUGCAACCAUUACACCCUGCUCCUUUGGAUAUGAAAAGUGGUAGCCAAAGAUAAGUGUUUGUUUAUAUGCUUUUACAGAUGUAUUUCAGGAUUGUAACACUCUGUAUAACACAUUCAGCACAAAUAUGAUUUAAUAGCAUAAUUGGAAUUCACAACUAUGUAGAUUUCUCGUUGGAGGAAAUGUAAACACAUUAUAAAAUAGUUGCUAUAGCUUUCAUAUGCAUAGUAGAACACAGACGUUAAGUUCUG